AUGCCUACCGCGGGGCUCAAGACCAUCAUCGCCCUCUCCUUCGUCCUCGCCGUCGGUUUCCUCCUGGUUAUCCUCUCCUGCGCCCUCUGGAAGGUCUACUACCCGCUCCUCGUCGUCGCCACUUACGUGCUGGCCCCGAUCCCCAACUGGGUCUGCUCGCGAUGCGCCAACCCCGAUGACUUUGUCGAGAGCUCGGGCGCCGCCGUGCUGGACCUCGGCCGCUUCUGCACUGGUUUCCUCGUUGUAAUGGGAAUUGCCCUGCCAAUUGUCCUGGCCCACUCCGACCUCAUUCAGAUCGAAGCCAUGUUCAUGUCCAUUAUCGGCGGUCUCCUUAUCUACGGCACAAUCAUCAGCUUCGGCAUGUUCUUCCAGGAGGAGCAGGAGUUCUAA